GUACAUGGUCCAUAAUGGAAAGCACUAUAUUCCAAGUUCAUGUUGUGAAAACUUUUCCUCCGGUGUUGUGUUGUUUAUAUUGUUUGUAUUGAUUCGCAUCACACGCGCACGUGCCACAAUGGCACACCGAUAUCUGCACAUGUCGCGAGGCUGCAGGAAUCUUCUCCGCACGCUGCUGUCAAAUGUCAGAUCAACAAACCGUGUGCAAUCGGUCACAGGUGUUGGAGAAUUUGCGCUAGAAAAAAGAUCUUUACUGUCUGAGGUCUUGGGCACAUACAGAAGAUUAAGUUCUAUACCUCCCAAAGGGUUUGAAAAAUACUUUCCAAAUAGUAAGAAUGGUGGUCCAAAAGACGGUGAGGCCAAGCCAUCCAACGGAGAAGCCAAAGAGACCAAACCAAGCAAUGCUCAGAAGACCACUGGUGGAGGAGGAAGCGGAGCGGGAGGAGGAGGGAAAAGAGGGGGAAGGAAGGAUGAAUCCACAUGGUUCAGCCGUCUUCAAAAGGGUGAUGUCCCAUGGGAUGAUAAAGAGUUUCGUAUGUAUUUCUUGUUUGGCGCGGCCUUCUGGACAGCUGUUACAUAUUAUUUUUUCUUUCGGGAUGGUGGAAGAGAGGUUACCUGGAAAGAUUUUGUAAAUAGUUACCUUGCUAAAGGAGUGGUUGACAGGUUGGAGGUCAUAAACAAGCGAUUUGUCAAAGUCAUCUUUACCCCUGGUAAAACUCCAGUUGAUGGGCAAUAUGUGUGGUUCAACAUUGGCAGCGUGGACACAUUCGAGCGGAACUUGGAGACUGCUCAGUUAGAGCUGGGUAUCGAAGGAGAGAAUAGACUUCCAGUGGUCUAUUCCACAGAAAGUGAUGGGUCCUUCCUCCUUAGCAUGUUGCCCACGGUACUGAUCAUUGGGUUCCUGCUCUUCAUGUUGAGGAGAGGGCCAGCAGGUGCGGGCCGGCCCGGGAGAGGAAUGGGUGGUCUCUUCAGCGUAAGUGAGACCACUGCCAAAGUGCUUAGGGAUGAGAUCGACGUCAAGUUUAAGGAUGUGGCUGGAUGUGAGGAGGCAAAGUUGGAGAUCAUGGAGUUUGUCAACUUUCUUAAGAACCCAAAACAAUAUCAGGAUUUGGGUGCCAAGAUUCCAAAGGGAGCCAUCUUGACCGGACCCCCAGGCACAGGAAAGACUUUGCUAGCCAAAGCCACAGCAGGCGAGGCCAACGUCCCCUUUAUCACGGUCAAUGGUUCAGAAUUCUUAGAGAUGUUUGUGGGAGUUGGACCUGCCAGAGUUCGGGAUCUCUUUGUCUUAGCUCGGAAGAAUGCCCCAUGCAUUCUCUUCAUAGAUGAGAUUGAUGCUGUGGGACGAAAGAGAGGUAGAGGCAACUUUGGGGGGCAGAGUGAACAAGAGAACACACUCAACCAGUUACUAGUUGAGAUGGAUGGAUUUAACACCUCUAUCAAUGUUGUGGUGCUAGCAGGCACCAACAGACCGGACAUUCUAGAUCCAGCUCUGAUGAGGCCAGGUCGCUUUGAUAGACAGAUAUACAUUGGGCCACCAGAUAUCAAAGGCAGAGCCUCUAUAUUUAAAGUACACCUGAGGCCACUAAAGUUGGAAGCAGGGUUGGACAGAGAAGCGCUGGCAAGAAAAAUGGCUGCCCUAACACCUGGUUUCUCAGGUGCGGACAUUGCUAACGUGUGCAACGAGUCAGCGCUAAUCGCAGCCCGCCAUCUUUCCGAUGCCAUUAACCAGAAACACUUUGAGCAGGCCAUCGAGCGAGUAAUCGGAGGUCUCGAGAAGAAAACACAGGUGCUCCAACCUGAAGAGAAGAAAACAGUGGCUUACCAUGAGGCUGGUCAUGCUGUAGCUGGCUGGUUUCUUGAGCACGCUGACCCCCUCCUUAAAGUGUCCAUUAUUCCACGAGGGAAGGGAUUGGGCUAUGCACAGUAUUUGCCUAAAGAGCAGUACCUGUACACCAAAGAGCAGCUGUUGGACAGGAUGUGCAUGACGCUGGGUGGGCGUGUCUCAGAAGAGCUCUUUUUUGGCCGCAUUACAACCGGGGCACAGGACGACCUGAAGAAGGUUACACAGAGUGCAUAUGCACAGAUCGUGCAGUUUGGCAUGAACGAAAAGGUGGGACAGGUGUCAUUUGACCUCCCACGUCAAGGAGAGAUGGUUCUGGAGAAGCCCUACAGCGAGGCCACGGCUCGCCUCAUCGAUACUGAGGUCAGGAACCUGAUCAGCAUGGCCUAUGAGCGCACGACACAGUUGCUCAAUGAGAAGAAACCAGAGGUGGAGAAGGUGGCACUGCUUCUUCUGGAGAAAGAGGUGCUGGAUAAGAACGACAUGGUGGAGCUGCUGGGCCGAAGGCCUUUUGCUGAAAAGUCAACUUAUGAAGAUUUUGUUGAGGGAACAGGGAGCAUGGACGAAGAUACUUCGCUCCCAGAAGGCCUGAAAGACUGGAACAGGGAGCGGAGCAGUGAGAAGGAGGAGUCUACGGAGGAACAGGUGGCUCGGCAGAUCAGUGGUGGUAUGCCCUUCUAAGCACCCUCUUUUCAUUAUGGCCUGAAAGGUCACGGCACUUAUUUAUGAGAUGGGAAGUGCUGUGCGGGAUUCCCCCAGUCAGGCGAACACUGAUUCAAGUAAGCCUGUUCUGCAGAAGAGCUCUGAUUGGACGGCUCCUUCCCAAUGGUAAGGAUUGGACUUAUAUUGUAAACACCCUUGUGUUUAUUAAAUGUAAACAGUUUAAAUGCAUUCUUUUUGCUGAAGCUUAUUGUAUUACAUUCUUAAAAGUUUUUGAAUUGCAUAGAAAAUCUUUAAAAGGUGAGAAGAUUUAACGUGACGUAGAAGUUCUUUUCAAAAAAUCAUUUAACAUCAAGGCGAAAGCUCUGUAAAUGUACAAAGAAUCACUGUUUUUGUAGUUAUUUCAAAAUCAAUGGCAAGGAGAACAUAAUUAUACAUGAAUAUAGACAAUUUAUUAAAUUAUCUUUGUGUUUGACCUGCUAUCUAUUCCUCUAUGACAUGACGGUUGUGUUUUUUACUUUCUGUAAAUUACAGUUUAAAACUGCAACACAUUUAAACCCUUUGGAAGAGGUUUGUUUGCUGUGCUGUUAGCUUACUGGUUGUCUGAAAGACUGCAUUGAACUUGAUAAAUGUUGUAGACAGCACAUAAGUCAUCCAUGUUAAAUAACAUACCGUCAUUUCUCACAUUUGCACAACCAUGAGCAUCAUCAGCCCUUGGUUUAGAUAUUAUUUCAUGCAGCCUGUUUUGAAACAAAAUAUUCAGUGUUUUAAGAUCAGAACGUCCAUUUUUGACAUGUUUUCCUCUAUCGUUCUUUGCUCUUGCAGCUGCUUAGUUUCUGCUAUGUGCAUAUUACGCAAAUCGCAUUUCUAUUGAAUGAAGUCACACAGAAAUCCGUUCAAUAGUUCAUUAUGUUGAUGAUGAGCUAAUGAAGGUAGAUUCAGUAUUUAUUUCACAGUACAGAUACUUUUAUUGUGACAUCUGGCAGGCUUUGGAAAUACAUUCAGAACACGUCAACAUAAUAUGUAUUGUCCUUAUUUGACUUCAUCAAGCUUUGCUUGACAUUACAGUACAUGUAAAUGUGUAUUUUGUUCCGUGAAAAGGCUUUAACGUGUGCUGAAAGCUGAAUAAAUGCACAGAUUGUAAACUUAAAAAUUGAUUCUCUUUAGUUCUUAAUAAAUAUAGUAUAGUAUG